AUGGUUUCUCAUCUAUGGUGCUCAGAUUACCUUAGCCAAGGAAGUAAAUCUGCGUUUAGGUUCUACGAAUUUCUGUCAAUGCAAUGCUUAGUAGCUGAGGAAGCACGAUCGGAGACUACCCGUGCCAGAUUUUCAAAUGUGCUUAAAAGGAAUGGGGAAUUCAUGGAGAAACUAUCUAGGUACAUUUUUAUCUCCCCUCUUGCUUUUGGCUUGAAUGAAUUUGAAGCUGCUCAGGCUUUUCAAACACAAGAGAUAGGUUUAGAUGGUGAGCAAUGGAAUGAUGGGUUAGUAGCUACAAUAAGAGAGCGGGUCCACAUGGAGGCGGAAAGAAAAUCAGUACAAUCACAAGGUGAUGCUGCUGCAUCGCCAGAUAUUUCUUUUCUUGAAAAGAUAACUUAUAGAGUUGGAAAUAAAGUCGGCCCCAUAACAAUGCAGCCAUUAAUCCUGUGGUGGAGAUGA